AUGGCGAAUCAUGCAUUGGACAACAACCCGCCCGCGGGCGACCGUCACAUCACGACGCAUGCGUCCGACUGGCUGUGGGCCGUCUUCGCGGUAAUGCUCUUAAGUUUCCUCGGUGCUCUUUUGUGGAAUCACUCGAGAAAGCAAAGGACACGGCCGUUCCACCACAUCCCCGUUAUAGUGUUAUGGGUGUCGACGCUCACAUACUUCGCGCUGGCCUCUGAUCUUGGGUACACCCUUACCCGCGCCGAGUUUAACGGUCAAGGGACCCGCCAAAUUUGGUGGGUUCGGUACAUCCAAUGGUUCAUCAACGCACCCCUAAUCCUCCUGGCGCUGAUGGGCCUCACGGGCAUGCUCGUGAGCGAGAUGCUUACGACCAUGUUCUUUGCAUGGACGCUCGUCAUCAUGGGCCUCGUCGGCGCGCUCACGCGCAGCUCGUACAAGUGGGGCUUCUACGCAUUUGGAGUAUUCUCGCUGCUCUACCUGCUGUACCGUCUUUUCGCACACCAUCGCCAGUACGGUUCCCGUAGCGGCUACACAGGCGCUCGUGACAGCGCCGGUGCGGGUGCCAACACUGGUACUGGUGCCGGAGCCGGAGCUGGCGGUGGCGGUAAAGGCAUUUCGAAGCGCUUCUACCUGCUCGCGAGCUGGAUCGCGCUCAUUUGGCUCUUGUACCCGAUCUGCUGGGGUCUCUCGGAGGGCGGGAACCGAAUUACACCCACCUCGGAGAUGGUAUUCUACGGCAUCCUCGAUAUCUUGUCCGGACCCGUCUUCUUCCUCGCGUACAUGCUUAUGUUCCGCGGGAUGGACUAUUGGAAGUUGGGGAGUGGCGGAGGUGACUCUGGUGCGGGGGGUGGGGGAUUAGGUUCGGGCACGGGGGCUGGUGCGGGUGUGGGCGGUGCGAACACGAAUGCUGCUGGCACGGGAUCGGGGGCAGGAGGGUAUGGUUCGAAUGCUGCUGGAGGUGCGCCUGCAGCCAACUUUGGAGAGAAAGGGGCAGCCGCCAAUGGUAAUACGCAAGCAGCAGGUCAUGUGUGAGAUCUCUCUCUCGUCCGGCAGUGUCUCCUUCGAUUUAAAUCGAUGGGCGCAUGCGCCACCGGCUCAUUCCCUUGGUUUAUCUGUUUCCCUUCUCAUUCGAUACUAGCUUUUUUUUGUCCAUCAUUAUUUCAUCUGUAAUUCUAUACACGUCUGCCCGCUACCUUCGUAUACUCUGU